AUGGACAAACGAGACUUUCUACAAAUGUGGAAGGAUAUUCCCGAACAAAAUGAGGUCCAAUUCCAGGUGGACAAUCACCAAGGGCUGAGUGCUGGUAAGUUGGUAUAGGUUUUUGAGAGAUUCUAAGUUACUAAAGCAGUUAAAAUUGAGGUUGUUGAUUGUUGUAGCUUGCAAAUAAGUUGUUUUGGUUUGUUAUUACAAUUACAAAUUAGUUUGAUGGUCUUUACGUUUGCCUUAGCAAAAAAUUAUAUUGUAGUAGGCGGCGGCUUGGUCAAGGAUGACAUAAUUUUUAAUAAUUUGAGACUCUUGAUACUGUCUAUUGUAAUGACAUUUUAUGAAUUACCUACCAAUUUUCUGCAUUUUCAGACCAAAUCUGCCAAAAACUACAAAGAAACAACGUCUUCACGGUGGCUCAAAGAAAUGUGGAUGGACAAGACUUGUUGUACCAUUCGAUCAGAUACACGAACACUAUCUACAUUCUGUCCGAACUGAAGAUGCAACAAGGCAACUCGAGUCUUACUGUAAGUUUUUUGGGUCUUUCAAAAGGUUUUGGGGAAAGAUAUUGAGCUUGAUAUUAACAUAGGCAUAGGAUAUGGGGGACUUGAGGAAAUUGAUUGUACCUUGGUCGGUAGGAAAGGUGUGUGCUUACGUUUUAGUAUGAAGGUAAAAAAUAGUUUCCUUGAUGUUAUGGAAGUCAUUUUUGGAUAUAUUUUCAGUUUUUUGAUAUUAGGGUAAAUAUGUAAGCCAUGCAGCUAAUGAUAUGGGGUACUUGACUUGAUAAAUUUGUUGCUUUUUGGUGUUUUAUGCAUCAUAUAAUGAAUCAUUGGUUAAACAGAGGUCCUGCCUACGUCAAUGUAAUUUCUUAUCAGUAGGGUUAAAUAAUUUUAUGGGAAGUGGCAGAAAAUUUAAAAAAAUUUCAAAACGUUUUUGAAAAAAUUAUCUGUCUUGGCAUGAAAUCUUUAAAAUUAAUGUGCUUUAGUGUUUUUAGGUAUGAAAAGUAUAGUAAUUUUCAUAAAUUGCUUAUAAAUGGCAUUUCUAAAGAAAAAUUUUAAAAAAUUUGAAUUUUGAAAAAUGAUCUGCCUUGGCACAAAAUUUUGAAAAAUGAUUCGCUUCAUAUUAAACUUUAAAAAAAUGUUGUUUUAGGUAUCAAAAGUCAAAAAAAUAUUCAAAAAAUGCCUGUAGGCAUUUUCAAAAAAAAAAAAACUAAAAAAUUGCAUUUUUGAAGAAAAAAUUUUAAAAUUUAAAAUUUUGUAGCUUUCCUUGAAAUCUCGUCAUUUGGCUGCUAUUUCCAACAUGAAUGAGGUCUACCAAACCAUACUCAACAACUAA